CUUCUUCCAUAAAUUAAUGUUAUUUUUCCUAAAUUGAGAUGGAGGAGAAUUCUGAAGAUUUUUCUUCUACCAUGACCAAGUUUCCUUGACAAAGGAGUGAGUCAGGCUGGAUAUCUUCCUUGGGACUCUUUUUUUCUAUAAAUAAAACAGUUUCAUCUACCCUGGAAAUGCCCUGAUAUUUCUGCUUCUCAUUAGGCUAUCAGAGGACAAGAAAACCUUUGGUUCCGUGGUAAGAAUAAGAAAAGCCUGAAAAGAAAGGAAUCAUGCUUUUAAAAAAAUAGGGUAGCAGACAUCAGUGGAAUUAAGGAAUCCUUAGUGAACUGAAUUCCAGAGAUAACCUCUCCUAGGUGAAUCAAGAGUACACCAACUUCCCUGCCUGGCUACAUGUGCCUGGUAUCAGUAUAGGUCAUGCCAUAAAUGGAAAGACUGAAGGAAUGAGGAUAACUAAUCAAUUUUUGAAUGACAUGUGGACUUUGGAGAAGGGAUAAGAAUCUGAUGGAGCCCCAAAGGCAAAAUAAAUCAUUAAGGCUGAUAAAUUCUAUCUGCCUUGAAUUUUGUCUUGAAGCAGCAGUAAAGGAGGGGUUGAACGGCUUAGAGAAAGGUGUAGUCCUGAAAAUUCAAUGAGGAUAUUGACUUGUGGGACUUUGAGUUGUGGAACUCUUGAGUUGUGGGACUCUGCUGGAUUUGAAUCUAAAGGUAAACUAAAUGAAAAAAUACCUGGAACUGCAUCCCAAAUUCCUUAUACCACAGAUUGACAAGAUAAAAAAUUUGGCUGUGUUUGGGAUAGAGAAGUUGUAAGUUGAACUGAUCACGGAUGAAUUCAAUCUAAAUAAAGUUGCAGCCAGUUUCAGCUCAAAUUGAUUUCUACUAGUAAAAUGAAUUAUCAGUCAUCUAUCCGGAGAGAAGAUUGUAGACUCUCUGGGAAAACAGGAAGACUUAACAAAAAAGUAUUGUGCUUAAUUCUCAACUUUAGUCUUACAGCAUCUAGGAUACUAUGAAAAAUUAUGAAACAUACAAAGAAACAGGAAAAUGUGAUUAUAUAAUUAAGAGAAAAUAGUUAACAAAAGCAAACUUACAGAUGACCCAGUUAUUAGAAUUAAGAGACAAGGAUUUUAAGGCAAUUUGCAGGAUAUGAGGGAUUGGGUAUUUCAGGAGAGUAAUGGACAACCUGACAGCCAAAUGCACAUUCUAAGAACUGAAAAAUGCAGUAUCUUAGAACAAACUUGCUUAAAAAGGCUUACCAGCAAAUUUGUAGUAAGAAACAGACUGAAGGAAUUGGUGUGUGAAUAAAUAUGAAAUUCUGUUUUCUAGUUUUUAAAUGUAUAUAAAUAACAGUUGAUAGUGUAAAGCAAAAAAUAUAAGAUUUAUAAUAUGUAGAAGUAAAAUGUAUGGCAAUAGCUUAAAAUAUGGAAGAAAAUAAAUGUAAGUAUAAAUUUCUUCGAUCAUAUGUGAAGUGGCAUAACAUUUGAAUAUGGACUAUAUGAAUUGAGAGUGCACUCUGUAUAUUCCUAGAGGAACCAGAAAAAAUUACAACAAAAAGGCCAUAAAAUGAGAUAGAGUGGGGGACAAUAGCAUUAUUUGAACUCAGGAAAAAAGAGGAACAAAGAACAAAUAGAAAAUAGAAAUAAUCUUAAAUUAAGACAUAUCAGUAGUUAUAUUAAGUAUAAACUGUCUAAGCCUGCCAUCAAAUCAUAAAAAUUGUCAGAUUGGGUAAAAUAGUAAGACCUAGCUGUAUGCUUCAUACAAGUGGACACUUUAAAUAUAAAGACAAACUUGGUUAAAAGUAAUAGAUGGGAAAAGAUAAACCACAUUAAUAUUUACCAAAAGAAAGCUCCUAUGGCUAUAGUUAUACCAAGCAAAAUAUAUUUCAAGGCAAGGAUUGUUAGCAGAGAAAAAGAACAUCUUUCAAUGAUAAAAGGAUCCAUUUAUCAAGAAGAUAGAACCCUAAACAUGUAUUCACUCUAUAUAACAGGGCUUCAAAAUACAUGAGAUAAAAAUUGACAGUAAUAAAAGGAGAAAUAGACUUAUUUACAUUGAUAGAGAUUUUAGUACUUUCAAUAUUUAGUAGGAAAAGAAUGCUACAAAUUGGUAAGGGUAUAGAAGAUUUGAACACCACUAUCAACCAAUUUCACCUAAUCAACAUUUAUAAAGCAUUAUACCCAAGAGAUGCAGAAUGUGACUUUCAGGCACACAUUAAACACUCACCAAGAUAGAUUUUUUUUGUGGGGCUGUCUGAAAGCUUCAGAAUACUGCAAAGAUUAGAAACUCUAGGUUCUCUGACUAUAAUGGAAUUAAAUUUGAAAUCAGAAACAAAAUAAGGUUUAGUAGACCUCCACAUAUUGAAUUAAGAUGAUUCUGAAUAACCCAUGGGUAAAAUAAUAAAUCAAAUGGAAAAAUCAAAAGCAUUUUAAAUUAACAAAGCAUCAAAAUUUAUGAAGUAUAGCUCAAGAGAAUUUGUAUCUUUAAAUCUUUAAGAAAAAAGUAUUAGAAUCAUUUAUUUAAUCUUUACCUGAAGAGACAGAAAAAAGAGACAAAUUCAAAAUAAAUAAAAGGCAGAAAACAUAGAAAAAAAUGAAAUGUGUGAAAUAGAAAACUUACCUUAAGAAAAUGAACAAAGUGCUGGGGCGCCUGGGUGGCUCAGUCAGUUGAGCGUCCGACUUUGGCUCAGGUCAUGAUCUCACAGUUUGUGGGUUUGAGCCCGGCAUCCGGCUCUGCUGACAGCUCAGAGCCUGGAGCCUGCUUUGGAUUCUGUGUCUAACCUCUCUCUCUGCCCUUCCCCCACUCAUGCUCUGUCUCUCUCUCAAAGAUAAACAUUGGAAAAUUUAAAAAAAUAAAAUGAACAAAGUGUAAAGUUUCCUCUUUGAGAAAAACCAAUAUAGUUGAUAAACUUAUGAAGAUUGGUGGCUUAAAAAAUCAGCCAUUUAUGUUGUCUUGAAUUUGUGAAUCAGCAUUGUGGUCUUUUAUCCCAUGCUGCUUUAUAACAUCAUGUUCUCAGGGCAACAUUCAAAGAAGGUAAAAGUAGAAGUUUUAAAUCUUGAGGCAUAGGUACUGUUAUUUGCCUAACAAACUGCCAUAUAAGCAAGUCACAAGGUCAGUCUGAAUUCAAGGAAUGGGGAAAUGGACUCAGUCUUUGAUCUUGGGUGGUAUAGAACACUGUGGCCAUGUUUCUUAACUUAUGUGGUUAAGUAAGAAAACAGUGAAGGGUCUAGAUUUUACCUUGUUUACAAGCUAGUAUGUUAACCUAUCAGAAGACACAAGACCUCUAGAUCAGAGACAAAUAAUUUAUUACUCACUACAAAAGCAGGGACCAGGGCAUAUCUUGUGUCAAUUACCUGAGUCUUAAUCUUCACAUGGCUACACAGUGAGGGUCAGAUGAUUCCUGUAGGAGCAGUACUGUGCAUUGCAGGAGAGGAAGCCCAAAUUGGGAAACUCUGAUCCUACAUAGUACCACUGAUGAUGAGUCUGGUCCUUUCCUCUGAAAGUAAGAGACAAAAACCUUAUCUUUAAUCUGGAAUUUAAGCAAAUCUCAAGAGAGGAAAUUGGGCUGUCUUAAUGUUGCUCAGCAUUAUUAUCUUAGAAUGUUUCUUUAUACAGGCAUAUUAAAUUGGCUGUAAAUGACAUUGCUCAAAGAACCCAGACCAUGCAGAAAUGUGAGAUGUUCAAGGGGAGUUGUUUUCCAACACAGUGCACAAUAAUUUACUUUCCUCCCAUAUGCAAAAUUUGAUCACUCUCUUCUCCAAAAGUUUUAUCGCAUGAGGUUGUCAGGGCUUGCAUUCCAGUGUCUUACCAUCUAAAUAAGGUCUAAGUAUAUAUGAGGCUCUGCUCUGCUAUUUGUAAUUAGAGAAGGGCAAAACAAAAAUACAAUGAGAUACGGCUAUGCACCCGAUUACAUAGGUUAAAAUUAAGAAAGACAUAGUAUCAAGUGUUGUUGAAAAUGUAACCAAAACUCAGGGAGUGUUAAAUGAUAAAACCACUUUUUUGUAAAACAACUUAAAAAAAAUACAUAUAAUUAAAUAAAGACUAUGACCCAGCAAUUUUGCUUCCAUGUAUUUAUCCAUGAGAACCAAAGGCUACAUUCUUAUAAUACUUGUACACAAAUGUUAAGGCAGUCUUAUUCAGGACAGGUUGACUUGCCUAGGGUGUUGACGGGAACCAACUGAGGCGAUGGAAGGAUUUUAUGUAUGUAUGUAUGUAUGUAUGUAUAGUUAACUUUUUGACCCCCUUUACCGAUUUCUCCCAACCCCCUCCCCCACCUCUGGCAACCACCAAUCUGUUUUCUACAUAUAGGAGGUUUUUUUGUUUGUUUUUAUUUGGUUUUAGAUUCCACAUAUAAGAGAGAUCAAAUGGUAUUUGUUUUUCUCUGUCUGACUUAUUUAACUUAGCCUAAUGUCCUCAAGAUCCAUCCAUCCAAGUUAUUGCAAAUUGGCAAGAUCUCACUUCUUUUUUAUGGCUGAGUAAUAUGCAUGUAUCUGCGCCUGCAUGUACUGCAGUGAACAUGGGUGUGAAUAAAUCUUUAUGAGUUAGUGUUUUUGUUUUCUUCAGAUAAAUACCCGCACAUGGAAUUGCUGGAUCAUAUGACCGGAUCACUUUUUUUUUUUUUUUUUUUUUUUUUUGAGGGACCUUCAUACUGUUUUCUAUAGUAGCUGUGCCAAUUUACAUUCUCAUUAAAAGUACAGAAGGGUUCCCUUUUCUCCAAGUCCUUACCAAUACUUGUUACUUCUUGUCUUUUUGAUAAUAUCCAUUCUCAAAGGUGAGAGGUGAUAAUCUUAUGAUGUACAAAUAGUUUCUCUGAUGAUUAGUGAUGUUGAACAUCUUUUCCUGUAUCUGUUGGCCAUCUGUAUGGUUUUUUUUGAAAAGCAUUUGUUCAGACCUUCUGCCCAUUUUUAAUUGGAUUUUUUUUUUGUCAUUAAGGUAUAGAAGUUCUAUAUUUUGAAUACUAGCCUCUUACCAGAUAUAUGGCUUGCAUGUAUUUUCUUCUCUUCUGUAGGUUACCUUUUCAUUCUGUUGAUGGUUUCUUUUGCUGUGCUAGAGACUUUUUAGUAUGAUGUAGUCCUACUUAUGUUUGCUUUUGUUGCUUUUGGUGUCAGAUUAAUAAAAUCAUCACCAAGUCAAGAAGCUUACCUACCUGUGUUUUCUUCUAGGAGUUUUAUGGUUUUAGGUCUUAUGUUUAAGUCUUUAAUCCCAAUUUGAGUUAAUUUUUAUGUACAAUGUUAAGAUAGUGGUCAAGUUUCAUUCUUUUGCAUGUGACUGUCCAGUUUUGUCCCCACUCUCAUUUAUUGAAGGGACUGUAUAUUCUUGGCUCCUUUGUUGUAAAUUAAUUGACUGUGUAUGAAUGGAUAUAUUUUUGAGUGUUCUGUUCCAUUGGUCUCUCUGUUUUUAUGGCAUUAUGUUGUUUUAAUAACUGUAGCUCUAUAGCUUUGUAAUAUACUUUGAAAUCACAACUAUGAUGCUGCUAGCUUUGUUCUUUCACAAAAUUACUUUGGCUCUUUGGAGUUUGUUUUCUUGUUUUGUGUGGUAUCGUACAAAUUUUAGGACUAUGCUAAUUUUUUGAAAAAUGCCAUUGGGAUUUUGAUAGAGAUUGCAUAGAAUCUUUAGAUUGCUGGGGCGCCUGGGUGGCUCAGUCAGUUGAGCAUCCGACUUGGGCUCAGGUCAUGAUCUCACGGUCCGUGAGUUCAAGCCCCGCGUCGGGCUCUGUGCUGACAGCUCGGAGCCUGGAGCCUGCUUCGGAUUCUGUGUCUCCCUCUCUCUGACCCUCCCCCGUUCAUGCUCUGUCUCUCUCUGUCUCAAAAAUAAAUAAACAUUAAAAAAAAAAAAAAAGAAUCUUUAGAUUGCUUUGGAUAGUAUGGACAUUGUACUCCUACUGAUUCUUCUAGUUUAUGAGUAUGGAAUAGCUUUUCAUUUAUUUGUGUCUUUAAUUUCUUUCAUUAAUGUUUUAGAAUUUUCAAUAUUCAGAUCUUUCACUUUCAUUAACUUUAUUCCUAGGUAUUUUAUUCUUAGAUACAAUUGUAAAUGGGAUUGUUGUCUUUUUUUUUUCUGAAAAUUUCUUAUUAGAAAUUCAACUGAUUUUUGUAUCCUGCAACUUUACUGAAUUCACUUAAUUAGGUUUAAUAGUUUUUUGAUGAAGUCUUUAGGGUUUUUGUAUAUACUAUUAUGUCAUUUGCAAAUAGUGACAUUUUUACUUUUUGCUUUCCAGUUUGGAUGCCUUUUAUUUCUUUUUCUUGCCUGAUUGCUGUAGCUAGGACUUGAUAGCUUCACUGGUGAAUUCUAUCAAAUAUUCAAAGAAGCAUUAAUACCUAUCCUUUUCAAACUCUUCCAGAGAAUAUAAGGGGAGGGAAGUCUUACAGACUUACUUUAUGAGGCUUUCAUUGCCUUUAUACCAAAGCCAGAGAAAGAUGCCAAAAGAAAAGAAAAUCAUAGGGCUAUAUUCCUGAUGAACAUAGAUGUAAAAAUCCUCGAGAAAAUAUUAGUAAACUGAAUUGAGCAAUACAUUAAAAGGAUCAUACACUAUGAUCAAGUGAGGUUUAUUCUAGGGAAGUAAAGAUGGGUCAACGUCCUUAAAUCAGUCCGUGUGAUGUAUUAUAUUAACAAAAUGAAGGGUAAAAAUCAUAAUGAUCAUCUUAGUAAAUGUGGAAAAAACAUUUGACAAAAAUUCAACAUCCAGUUAUGGUAAAAAUUCUCAACAAAGUGAGUAUAAAAGGAACAUACCUCAAUAUAAUAAAGGCCAUAUAUGACAAGCCCACAGCUGACAUUCUACUCGGUGAAAAGCUGAAAAUCUUUCUUCUAAGAUUAGGAAUGAAACAAGGAUACCCACUCUUGCCCCUUUUUUUUUCACCAUAGUAUUUGAUUUUACAUCUUCAUUGCUGUUGGUUACAUGGAUGUAUACAGUUUCCAGACUAUAAGGAUCUAUUUCAUUAUAAUGUUGGCUCAAUUAAGAAACAUCAGAGAGAGAACUUCAACCCAGUGUGUCUAAAAAUGACUACAAAACGAAGUUUGUUUGUGCGGUUGGUACCAUGUCGGUGUCUACGAGGGGAAGAGGAGACUGUAACUACCCUUGAUUAUUCUCAUUGCAGUUUGGAACAGGUUCCCAAAGAGAUUUUUACUUUUGAGAAAACUUUGGAGGAACUCUAUUUAGAUGCUAAUCAGAUUGAAGAGCUUCCAAAGCAACUUUUUAACUGUCAGUCUCUACAUAAACUGAGUUUGCCAGACAAUGAUUUAACAACAUUACCAGCAUCUAUUGCAAAUCUCAUUAAUCUCAGGGAACUGGAUGUCAGCAAGAAUGGAAUACAGGAAUUUCCAGAAAAUAUAAAAAAUUGUAAAGUUUUGACAGUUGUGGAGGCCAGUGUAAACCCUAUUUCCAAGCUUCCUGAUGGAUUUUCUCAGCUGUUAAACCUAACCCAGCUAUAUCUAAAUGAUGCUUUCCUUGAGUUCUUGCCAGCUAAUUUCGGCAGAUUAACUAAACUCCAGAUACUAGAACUUAGAGAAAACCAGUUGAAAAUGUUGCCCAAAACCAUGAAUAGACUGACCCAACUGGAAAGAUUGGAUUUGGGAAGUAAUGAAUUCACAGAAGUGCCUGAAGUACUUGAGCAACUAAGUGGAUUGAAAGAAUUUUGGAUGGAUGGUAAUAGACUGACUUUUAUCCCAGGGUUUAUUGGUAGUUUGAAACAGCUCACAUAUUUGGAUGUUUCUAAGAAUAAUAUUGAAAUGAUUGAAGAAGGAAUUUCAGCAUGUGAAAACCUUCAGGACCUCCUGUUAUCAAGCAAUUCACUUCAACAACUGCCUGAGACUAUUGGUUCAUUGAAGAAUGUAACAACUCUUAAAAUAGAUGAAAAUCAGUUAAUGUAUCUGCCAGACUCUAUAGGAGGGUUAGUAUCAAUAGAAGAACUGGAUUGUAGCUUCAAUGAAGUUGAAGCUUUGCCUUCAUCUGUUGGACAGCUUACUAAUAUAAGAACCUUUGCUGCAGAUCAUAAUUACUUACAACAGUUACCCCCAGAGAUUGGAAGCUGGAAAAAUAUAACUGUGCUAUUUCUCCAUUCCAAUAAACUUGAGACACUUCCAGAGGAAAUGGGUGAUAUGCAAAAAUUAAAAGUCAUCAAUUUAAGUGACAAUAGAUUAAAGAAUUUGCCCUUUAGCUUUACAAAACUUCAGCAGUUGACUGCUAUGUGGCUCUCAGAUAAUCAGUCCAAACCCCUGAUACCUCUUCAAAAAGAGACUGAUUCAGAGACCCAGAAAAUGGUGCUUACUAACUACAUGUUCCCUCAGCAGCCAAGGACUGAGGAUGUUAUGUUCAUAUCAGAUAAUGAAAGUUUUAAUCCUUCAUUGUGGGAGGAACAGAGGAAACAGCGCGCUCAAGUGGCAUUUGAUUGUGAUGAAGACAAAGAUGAAAGGGAAGCACCUCCCCGGGAGGGAAAUUUAAAGAGAUAUCCAACACCAUACCCAGAUGAGCUUAAGAAUAUGGUCAAAACUGUUCAAACCAUUGUACAUAGAUUAAAAGAUGAAGAGACUUAUGAAGAUUCUGGAAAAGAUUUGAAACCACAUGAAGAUCAGCAAGUUGUAAAUAAUGAUGUGGGUGUGAAGACUUCAGAAAGUACCACUCCAGUGAGAAUCAAAGCUGAUGAAAGAGAAAAGUAUAUGAUAGGAAACUCUCCACAGAAGACCAGUGAAUCUGAAGCUGAGAUUAGCCCUGGAAGUCUACCAGUGACUGCAAACACGAAAGCUUCUGAGAACUUGAAGCAUAUUGUUAAUCAUGAUGAUGUUUUUGAGGAAUCUGAAGAACUUUCAUCUGAUGAAGAGAUGAAAAUGGCAGAGAUGCGACCACCGUUAAUUGAAAGCUCUAUUAACCAGCCAAAAGUUGUAGCUCUUAGUAAUAACAAAAAAGAUGAUACAAAGGAUACAGAUUCUUUAUCAGAUGAAGUUACACACAAUAGCAAUCAGAAUAACAGCAACUGUUCUUCUCCAUCUCGGAUGUCUGAUUCAGUUUCUCUUAAUACUGAUAGUAGUCAAGAUACCUCACUCUGCUCUCCAAUGAAACAAACCCAUAUUGGUGGUAUUAAUUCCAAAAUCAGGCAAGAAGAUGAAAAUUUUAACAGCCUUUUACAAAAUGGAGAUGUUUUAAAUCAUUCAACAGAAGAAAACUACCAGGUUCAUGAUAAAAAAGAUUUUAACUUACCUGAAUAUGAUUUGAAUAUUGAAGAGCGAUUAGUUCUUAUUGAGAAAGGUGUUGACUCAACAGCCACAUCUGAUGAAUCUCACAAAUUAGACCAUAUCAAUAUGAAUCUUAAUAAACUUGUAACUAAUGAUACAUUUCAACCAGAAAUAGUGGAAAGAUCCAAGACACAAGAUAUAGUGCUUGGAACGGACUUUUUAAGCAUUAAUGCUAAAGGAGAAGCUGAGCACUUGGAAAAUGGAAAUAAGUAUCCUAAUCUGGAAUGUGUAAAUAAGGCAAAUGGACAUCCUGAGGACACUCCACAGUCCCCUAGGAGGACUGAACCACAUGACACUGAUUCGUCUGUUGAUAUGGGUAUUUCCAAAAGCACUGAAGAUCUCUCCCCUCAGAGAAGUGGGCCAAUUGGAUCUGUUGUGAAAUCUCAUAGUAUAACUAAUAUGGAGACUGGAGGACUAAAAAUCUAUGACAUUGUUAGUGAUAAUGGACCACAGCAACCAAGUACAACAGUUAAAGUAACAUCUACUGUUGAUGGAAAAAAUAUUGUCAGGAGCAAGUCUGCUACACUUUUGUAUGAUCAACCAUUGCAAGUAUUUACUGGUUCUUCUUCAUCUUCUGAUUUAAUAUCAGGUACAAAGGCAAUUUUCAAGUUUGACUCAAAUCAUAAUCCUGAAGAGCCAAAUAUAAUAAGAGGCUCCACAAUAAGUGGCCCACAAUCUACACCUCAAAUAUAUGGUCCUCCACAAUAUAAUAUUCAAUACAGUAGCAGUGCUGCUGUCAAGGACACUAUGUGGCACAGCAAACAAAAUCCCCAGAUAGAUCAUGUCAGUUUUCCUCCUCAGCGCCUUCCUAGAUCAGAGAGCACAGAAAAUCACGGUUACGCUAAACAUUCUGCCAAUAUGAAUUUCUCUAACCAUAACAACGUUCGAGCUAGUACUGGAUACCAUUUACAUCAGAGAAUGGGCCCAGGAAGACAUGGGGAAGUGUGGGCCAUCUCACCAAAUGAACGACUCAUUCCUGGAGCAACUCGAACUACGAUUCAGCGACAAAGUAGUGUGUCCUCUACAGCUUCUGUAAAUCUUGGUGAGUCAGGUCCCACAAGGCGGGCCCAAAUUCCAGAAGGAGAUUAUUUGUCGUACAGAGAGUUACAUUCAGUGGGAAGAACUCCAGUGAUGUCAGGAUCACAGAGACCUCUUUCUGCACGAACAUACAGCAUCGAUGGUCCAAAUGCAUCAAGGCCUCAGAGUGCUCGACCCUCCAUUAGUGAAAUACCAGAGAGAACUAUGUCAGUUAGUGAUUUUAAUUAUUCACGGACUAGUCCUUCAAAAAGACCAAAUGCGAGAGUUAGUUCUGAGCAUUCUUUAUUAGAUCCUCCAGGAAAAAGUAAAGUUCCUCAUGACUGGCGAGAGCAAGUACUACGACACAUCGAGGCCAAAAAAUUAGAAAAGAGCAUGCUGUCAAGGUCCUUUAAUUCCAAUUUUACUGCUGUAAGCAACUUUCACUAUGGCAGCUCUAGGGAUCUGCAUGGCAGCCAAGGCAGCCUUGCCUUGAGUGUUGCAGACGGAAGAGGUUCUGGUGGGCACAUUUUUCGACAUCCCCAGACAUCCUGUCCAGGAGAUCCUUGUCAAGAUGAUCUAUUCAUUUCAGGACAGCCGAACUACUCAUCAGCUACACUUAGUCACAAAGAUGUUCCUCCAGACAGCUUGAUAAAAAUGCCUUUGAGUAAUGGACAGAUGGGCCAGACCCUCAGGCCUCAGGCAAAUUAUAGUCAAAUACAUCACCCCCUUCCUCAGGCUUCUGUGGCAAGGCAUCCCUCUAGAGAACAACUAAUUGAUUACUUGAUGCUGAAGGUGGCCCACCAGCCUCCAUAUACACAGCCCCAUUGUUCUCCUAGACAAGGCCAUGAACUGGCAAGGCAAGAGAUCCGAGUGAGAGUUGAAAAGGAUCCAGAACUUGGAUUCAGCAUAUCAGGAGGUGUUGGGGGCAGAGGAAAUCCAUUCAGACCCGAAGACGAUGGUAUAUUUGUAACAAGGGUACAGCCUGAAGGACCAGCAUCAAAAUUAUUACAGCCAGGUGAUAAAAUUAUUCAGGCCAAUGGCUACAGUUUUAUCAAUAUUGAACAUGGACAAGCAGUAUCUUUGCUAAAAACUUUCCAGAACACAGUAGAGCUCAUCAUUGUACGAGAGGUUUCCUCAUAAGGAAUGUGGACAAAAAGAGGGGGAAGGCAGCAAGAUUUAUUGGAAGAUAUUUGCAGGGGAAAUUAAUAUUUUGACUAUUUUUAUAUGUAAAGAAGAACUCAAAAAUUAUGUUCAAAUUUGUACAUUAAUGAAAUCAUGGAACUCGUGGUUAGAGGGAAAGAACCACUGUACAGUAUAUAGGGGAGACUGUUGAAUUCAUACCAUAUAAAACUUCUUGUUAGGUUUUUAAACAUAGCAAUCAAGGCUACAAAAACAAACAUAUGUUGUUUUUGUAUAGAUAGUAGGUUUAUUUUUGGAUUUCAUACACAUGACUGAACUCUGUGCAAGGCUCUAGUUAGCCUUGAUUGUAGCCCAGAGACAGAUGGCAGAGCUCUCUGUCUCAUAGCUUUUAUGCCCUUAUUUUUAUUCAACUCAUAUUAAUGUUUUUCUGCUGAAACUACUUUUUUUUUAAUGUGGGCAAGAGAUUUGAAGUGUUGGUUUUUGCUAUGUGCAUAUUGAAUUGAAGAGUGAGUAGGUGAAGGUGGUGCUGGUGGGUUCACUUUCCAAGGCCAGAUUAAAACCAUCAAUUCCUAUAAAAAUCUGGAAGCAAAGAUUGAAAAAAACAGCUGUUAAUGUGUUUUUAUUAAUAGAAUAAUGCAAUAAAAAUGUAAUGUCUUUUUAAAGAAAUAAAAAAGACGAUAAUUGCAUUUUACGAGCUCUACAGGAUCUGUUCUUGUUCUAGCCAUUGACAAUGCAUUUGCUACCGGUGAUUCAAUUUUUAAUUUUUUAGUCACAGGAAAUUUUUAACUCUACUGUAGAUGCCUGUCCAUGCAUUUCUUGUGAUAUGGAUAUCCUUUGAUUUUUUUGCAAAUGGUGAUGUUUUAUAAUUAGUACUCCGUUUUAAUCUUAAUUUAUAAUUUUUAUUUUAAGCAGCAAAUGAAACUAAAAUGGCCAGUUUUGAGAUUGUGUUGCUGUAACACAAAACGUAAGCAGAUUUAGGAAAGUCUCUCGAUCUUGUUUGGUCUCACAUUGCCUUGGUAAAGUAAAAGGAAACAGUACGCAUGGAGCUAGGAAACCAAAGCAAGUUUGUGAAAUUGGCACAGUGAUAGAGAAUUGCUGUGGAGAGUUGUAGAGCAAAGGGAUGGGUCUCUGAGGCCUUCCAGUGUGUCACGGUAUUCAAAUAAAGGGCUGUUCCUACAGGUAACAUUAAAUGUGAACUCGACACUUCAGAGUCUUUAAAGGGUUUCUAAGUGUAUCAGUGUAAUAGAAUAGUGUUUUACCACCAGCUGCCUUUGUUCCUCGUUAGUGUAACAAAUAUUUCAUAGAUGUCAUUAAUUUGUUUAUCCAAACCAUUAAUUUUAUUUGUUUUUGUUCUGUCUGUGUAAUUAAAUAAAAUUUUAGUAACAUGAAA